AUGAACCAUGUAGAUUUUUACCUCCUGUCUAUUGCACUACUCUGUCAUGGGAUUCAACUUGUUGAAGGCCGAUGUGAGAGUGGUCAGUUCCAGUGCUCCAGCGGUCAGUGCAUCGACCAGGACUGGAGGUGUGAUGGGACCAAGGACUGCAGCGAUGACUCUGAUGAGCUCAACUGCCCGCCCCCUACUUGCGGGCCAGGGGAGUUCCAGUGUGUGACAGGGGGCGAGUGCAUCUCCAGCCUGUUUGUGUGCGACGGGGAGCAGGACUGCACCGAUGGUUCUGAUGAACAGCGCACCUGCGGUGGCCGAACUUGUAGUCCAGGCCAGUUCACAUGCCAGGAAGGCCAAUGCAUCCCCAGGACGUACAGGUGUGACCACGUGAAGGACUGUGUGGACAACUCAGAUGAAAGGAACUGCAACUAUCCCAGCUGCACUGAAAAGACCUGUGCCAAUGGAGCAUGUUACAACAACCCUCAGCACUGCAAUGGGGUCCUGGACUGCAGAGAUGGGUCGGAUGAGAGCAACUGCACGACACAACACUGCCCCCUGCACCAGUUCCAGUGCACGAAUGGUUACUGCAUCCCACUGUCAGUCGUCUGCGACCACUGGGAUGACUGUGGAGACAACAGUGACGAGGAGGGCUGUGAAUACCAGAGCUGCAGUGGGAAUCAGUUCACUUGUACCAGUGGCCGGUGCAUCAUGCAGGAAUGGGUCUGUGACGGCUUCAAUGACUGUGGGGAUUACAGCGAUGAGAGUGGAUGCGAUGGCAACUCGCGGGAUUGCUACCCAGGGGAAUGGGCAUGCCCGGGUGCUCCUCUCUGUGUGCCCGUUGGCAAGGUGUGCGACGGUCAUGCUGACUGCCCCAAUGGAGCUGAUGAGACCAAUGCCACUGCGCAGCUGACCUGCGGUUUGGGGAAGUGCUCAGCACUGAGCUGUGAAUAUCGCUGUCACCCCACUCCGCAGGGUGGAGCCUGCUACUGUCCUGAUGGCUUCAUCGUGGCUAACGACAGCCGCACCUGUGUGGACUAUGAUGACUGUAAUAUCUGGGGGAUCUGUGACCAUUUCUGUGAGGAUCGUCCUGGGACACAUCACUGCAGCUGCGCAGAUGGUUACUUCCUUGAGCAGGGGCACCUCUGCAGAGCCAAUGUUUCAGUUGGCCUGCCUCAGCUUAUCUUCUCCAAUGGCCGUGAUGUGAUGAUGGCUGAUAUUCAUGGUCGGUUCGUUCGAACCCUGGCCCAGUCGCAGAACAAGGGACAGGCCACAGGCGUGGGCUUCCACUGGCACAGUCAGCGGGUCUUCUGGACGGACACAGUCAAUAAGAAGGUGUACUCUGUCAAUUACAAUGGUGGGGACCUGCAGGAGGUGCUGACGGUGGCAGUGAACAGCCCGGAGAAUGUCGCCGUUGACUGGAUCAACUUCAAACUCUACGUGGUUGAGAGUUCAGUGAAUCGAAUUGACCUGUGUGAUUUCAGUGGGGGGAACCGGGUCACCCUGAUUGGAGAGAACCUCCUGAACCCCCAUGGACUGGCAUUGGACUCCACAGUAGGCUACAUGUUCUUCACUGAUGUGGGCUACAAUAACCAGGAGGUCAAACUGGAGAGGGCCUUCAUGGAUGGCAGCAACCGGGUGGACCUGGUCAAGACCAGGCUGGGAACUCCCUCUGGCAUCACCCUGGACAUCAUCACACAGAGAGUGUACUGGGCUGACAGCCACUUUGACACCGUGGAGACAGUCACCUACAAUGGCUUGGAGAGGAAAACAGUGAUGAAUGGCGGAACUCAGGUUCCGCACCCGUAUGGCCUGUCUGUUUUUGAGAAUCAUGUCUUCUUCACGGACUGGACCAAGAUGGCUGUGAUGCAGGCCAACAGGUUCAACGGGAGUAACUCCAAGCUCCUCUACCGCACCACAGACCGACCUGGUCACAUUGUGGUCUCACACGCGGUCCUGCAACCAGUUGUGAUGAACCCCUGUGGCCGACACAACGGGGGAUGCCAGCACAUCUGUGUACUAAGCCACCGCUCUGACAAUGAGGGCCUGGGAUUCCGCUGCAAGUGCCGCCUGGGCUAUGACCUGCAGCCUGACCGCCACACCUGCUUCAAGGUGACGGACUACCUGCUGGUGGCGUCAAGGACGGCAGUGCGGGGCAUCCCUCUCAACCUCUCCCUGCAGGAGGACGUGACCCUCCCCCUCACUGGACUGGGGCCCACCUUCUCCUCCUCCGCUGUGGAGUACGAUGGCAACGAGGAGGCCGUGUUCUACAAUGACAGGAGCAAGACCCUCAUUUACAAGGCAGCCAUCAACGGCACGGACCAGCAGAUUCUGACUGGCUAUAGAGUUGGAAUGGUGGAGUCUAUGGCCUACGACUGGACCUCCAAGGUCCUUUUCUGGACAUCCAGCUCCUACCGGUCAGUGACAGCCUUCAAGGUGAUGGACAAGUCUCGGCGGGACAUUGCAACGGACCUAAAAAAUCCACGGGGCAUCGCAGUGCAUCCCAGUGCUGGAUACCUGUUCUGGUCGGACUGGUACCGACCGGCAGUGAUCACACGAGCUUUCACGGAUGGCAGCAACGCAAUUCCCCUCAUCAACACAACUCUCGGCUGGCCCAAUGGGAUCACCAUAGACUACAUGUUGAACAGGGUCUACUGGGUAGAUGCGCUCCUCAAUCAGAUCGAGCAUGUUGGCCUUGAUGGACAGGACAGGCAGACCUUCUCCAACAUUGGCCAGAUUACCCAUCCAUUUUCCCUUACCAUUCACACAGAUCAUCUGUUUGUUUCGGACUGGAGGAUCAAUGGAGUGUUUCGCCUGCGGAAGAGGGAUGGGGGUGACAUUUUACCCAUUCGGAAGGGCAUUGAUGGGGUCAUGAACGUAAAGGCCUACUCUGCUUCACUACACAGCACCUUUGGCAGCAAGUGCAACCAGAUUCCCAAUGGCCGCUGCAGCCACUUCUGCUUCCCAACGCCCUCAUCCAGUCGAGUUUGUGGCUGUCCCUACGGCAUGAAGCUGCAGGCAAACCAGCGUGACUGUGUGAAGGAUGACUCGGUGCCACCGCCCGACACUAGCUGUGGGGCCUACUCCUUCCCUUGCGACGAAGGCCACUGCAUCCCCAACUCCUACCGCUGCGACGGCAACCGAGACUGCGUGGACAACACAGAUGAAACCAAUUGCACCGACACAGGGAUGACCUGCUCGCCCCGUGCAUUCACCUGUGGGAAUAAGCACUGCAUUCCCUCCAGGUGGCGCUGUGAUGGACAGGAUGACUGUGGGGAUGGGACAGAUGAGGAUAACUGUCCCACCCGGCACCCGACCACCUGUGACUCCUCCUACUUUACCUGCGCCAAUGGCAACUGUGUCCCCAGUGCCUGGGUGUGUGACGCUGACAAUGACUGUGGAGAUGGCUCUGACGAAAGGAACUGCAAUUCAUCCAUCACCACCUGCAUCCCGGGCUACUUCCUGUGUCCAGAUCACCGCUGCAUCUACAAUGCCUACGUCUGUGACGGAGAUCAGGACUGCCUGGACGGCUCAGAUGAAAAGGACUGUGUGUUUUCCUGUGCCUCUUAUGAGUUUGCCUGCACCAGUGGAGACCAAUGCAUCAGCCUGAGCUACCAGUGUGAUGGUGUCUUUGACUGCAGAGACCACUCUGAUGAAAGAGGGUGCCCCACCCGAGGUCCAGGUCUGUGCCAUGAUGACGAGUUCCAGUGUCAGGUGGAUGGGUUCUGUGUACCAGGGACAUGGGAGUGUGACGGGCACCCAGACUGCCAGGACGGUUCGGAUGAGCACAACGGCUGUCCUCCCCGCACCUGCCGUCCAAACUACUUCCAGUGUGACAACGGCAACUGCGUGUCCCAGUCCUGGGUGUGUGACGGGGAAAACGACUGCCGGGACAUGAGUGACGAGAGGGGCUGUCCCACGCCCCCUUUCAGCUGCCCUGCCGGCCAGUGGCUCUGCCCCACCGACCAGGUGUGCAUCACCUUGGAUCGAGUGUGUGACGGCGAGCGGGACUGUCCAAAUGGAGCUGAUGAGUCUCCCCUCUGCAAUGAGGAUGACUGCGCCGUAAACAAUGGCGGCUGCAGUGGUGGCUGCAUCCAGGGGCCCUUCGGGGCACAGUGCACCUGCGAGCCGGGCUUCCAGCUGCUCAAUGACUCCAAGACUUGUGACGACAUCAAUGAGUGCCUCAUACCCGGCAUGUGCAGCCAGGCCUGCUUCAAUGAGCGCGGCUCUUUCCGAUGUUACUGUGAGGAUGGCUACCAGCUGGAGCCCGAUGGCCGAGUCUGCAAGGCUACUGAUCCCCGGGAUGCCAUCCUCCUGAUCACCAAGCGCAGUCAGAUUAUCUCCAACAACAUCAAGCACCGACCUACUAUCAUUAGGCCUGUGGUCAGCGGCUCCAACAUUGUGACUGUGGACUUUGACCGAGUCACCAACCGAAUCUACUGGGCCGAUGCUUCCCAGAAGAAGAUCUGGAGCUCCCUACAAAAUGGAACAGACAAACGAGAGGUAUUGUCCACUGGACUGACAGUUCCAGAGACCCUAGCUGUGGACUGGGUGGGCCGGAACCUUUACUGGACUGACUCUGUGAUGGAGAACAUUGAGGUGGCCACUCUGGAUGGUCGCUUCCGGAAGAUACUUCUUACUGAGAACAUCACAAGCCCUCGUGGCCUGGUUCUGGACCCCCGCAACUUCACAAAUGUGAUGUUCUGGACAGACUGGGGCCAAAAUCCAAGGAUCGAGAGGGCCAACAUGGAUGGCAAAGCUCGCCGAGCCAUCGUGACCAAAAAGGUGUACUGGCCCAAUGGGCUAACCAUUGACUACCCUACCCGUCGGCUGUACUUUGCAGAUGCCUAUAUGGACUACAUCGACUACUGUGACUAUGAUGGCAACAACCGAUUCCAGGUCUUUGCCAGUGAUCUGGCACUACAGCACCCUCAUGGCAUGACCAUCUUUGAGGACUAUGUCUACUGGACCGAGCGGUACUCCAGCAAAGUCAUGAGGGCCAAUAAAUGGCAUGGGGGCAAUUUGACCACUCUGAUGACUAAUAUCUACCAGCCUAUGGGCAUUGUGAUGGACCACCCAGUCAAGCAGCCUCAUGCACUCAACCCGUGCCUGAACAGCCCAUGCAGUCAGCUGUGUCUACUGUCGGGGAAGAGACCAGUGUACUUCUCCUGUGACUGCCAGUCCGGCUGGCACAUCAACAGUGAUGGACGUACCUGCACUAAAGAUGACAGUCCUUUCCUGAUGGUUGUCAGGGAGACGGUGAUCUUGGGCAUUCCUCUCGACCCUAGUGACACCUCUAACAAUGCAAUGACCCCUGUAUCUGGGAUCAGCCAGGGCCGUGACAUAGACUUCGAUGACCGGGAGCAGUUUGUGUAUUGGGUCCAGGGCACUGGAUCUAUUUUCAGAGUGAAGACUGAUGGAAGCAAUCGGACUCAGUUUGCCCCGGCUGCUAUCAUUGGCUCUCCCUCUGGACUGGCCUUUGAUUGGAUAACCCGCAUGAUGUAUUAUACUAAUCCCACCAAUCAAGCCAUUGAGGUCAUUCGAGUGGAUGGGAGUCAGCACUACAGGAAGACCAUCAUCACAAACACAGGGAAGCCAGAAGGAGCAGGGCAGCCCAUUGGAAUAGCUCUUGAUCCAGCAAGAGGGAAGUUGUUCUGGACAGACAAGGGGACGGAGAGCGGGGUCCCGCCCAAGGUGGCCAGCGCAGACAUGGAUGGCAGCAACCUGAGGAACCUGUACACCGGCAACCUUGGCCAUAUCGAGUUCAUCACCGCCGACAUUGCCGAGAGCAAGCUGUAUUGGGGUGUCACCAGCUCAGGGGUGAUCGAGUGUGGGACGAUGGACGGGGUCAGCCGCGUGACAGUUGUGAGUGGCCUGUCCCACCCCUGGGGCAUCGCCGUUCACCAGAACUACCUCUACUACAGCGACCUGGACUAUGAGGUCAUUGAGCGGGUGGACAAGGCCACCGGGGCCAACAUGGUGGUGAUGAGGAGCGGCGUGGCCGGAGUCCGAGCCCUCAAAGUCCACGCCAGAGACAAUUCUGCAGGAACCACCAACGCCUGCAGCACCAACAAUGGGGGCUGCGCCCAUCUUUGCCUGCCCAAGCCAGGGGGGCAGAAAGCGUGCGCCUGCACCACUGGCUUUGUGCCCUCUCAGGACGGCUCCCGGUGCGAGCAGUACGAUUCCUUUGCCGUGGUUUCCACCUCCCGGCUCAUCCGUGGAUUCCACAUCAACAGCUCCGACCACUCCGAGGCCAUGGUGCCUGUGGGAGGGUCUUCCUCCUCCAUGAUUGACAAGCUUGAUCUACACGUGCCCUCUGGAUUCCUGUACUGGACUGAUCGCAGCACCUACACCUACUACAGAGGCAUCUACAGGGCCAAGACAGAUGGCUCGCGCUAUUCAGCGAUUGUCACCACUGGAAUUGGCAGAGACGGGAUACAAGGCCUUGCUGUGGAUUGGAUUGCAGGCAACCUCUACUUCACCAACGCCUUCGAAACACAGACUUAUGUGGAGGUGCUGCGGCUCAACACCACACUGCGCCUGGUCCUGCUGAAAAGCAGUGUGGACCGGCCGCGGGACCUGGCUGUCAGCCCCAAACUGCGCUACCUCUUUUGGACCGAUGGCGGGCAGACACCCAAGAUCGAGCGCGCCCAGCUGGACGGCAGCAACCGCACGGUUCUGGCCUCUGAGAGCCUGGCCUCGCCACGCGGGCUUACCGUGGACUACACCAGCGGCCUCCUGUACUGGACCGAUGACGCUCUGGACAUGAUCUCCCGAAUGGCGGCAGACGGGAGCCAGCGAGAGAUCGUACGCUACGGGAGCCGCCACCCAGCCCCAUAUGGGGUCUCCAUCUUCGGGAACUACAUGCUGUGGGUGGACCGCAAGCUGAAGAAAGUCUUUCAAGCCAGCAAGCUGCCAGGAAACACGGAGGCUGCGGAGGUGAUCCGGGACGGCAUCGAGGGCUUAGCGGACGUGGCGGUGUUCGACUCCCACGUCCAGCCAGUGGCCGCCAACCAGGUGGGGUUCAACCCCUGCCAGGAGAACAACGGGCGCUGCCAGCAGCUGUGCUUCGCACUGCCAGAGAAGCAGGAGCCCAAGUGCGGCUGUGCCCAUGGCUCACUGCUCAGCAAUGGUGUGUCAUGUGGCUUCGGCCUGGACGAGUACCUCAUCUUCACCACUGACUACACCCUCAACAGCGCACGCCUGGACCCUGAUGACCACAGCACGCCCUUCCCUGCCUUCUCGCUUGGCUACACUGUGGUGGCCCUGGAUUUUGACUUUGAGGACAAGCGGAUCUACUUUACCCAGUAUGUUGGUUUGGGCCGAAGCAAGAUCGGCUACAUCAGCACCACCUCUGUGUCCAGCCCACCUGUCAUCAUCGCCUCCAGUUUGGCAGAUCCGGAGGGGCUGGCCUACGACUGGGUCCAUAAGCGCCUCUAUUUCACUGACUACUACAACAGGAGCGUUCAGGCCAUGGGACUGGAUGGACAGAACCGUUCCGUCAUCGCACAUGCAAACCGCCCGCGGGCCAUCAUUGUGGAUCCCUGUUAUGGGUACAUGUACUGGACAGACUGGGGUACUCCUGCAGCUAAGAUUGAGAGGGCUACGCUGGGAGGAAACUUUCGCACUGCAAUCAUUGACACAGGCCUGGAGCAGCCCAAUGGCCUGUCCCUGGACUAUGAGGAGAGGCUGCUCUACUGGGCCGACGCCUACCUGGACAGAAUCGAGCGCUCCUCUCUGACGGGUCAGAACCGGCAGGUGAUCGUGGGCUCGGUGCAGAACCCCUACGCCAUGACCGUGUUCCAGCAGCAUGUGUUCUGGACGGACUGGAACACGCGCAGUAUCUACAGGGCCAGCAAGGACGAUGGAUCAGACGUGACAGUACUCGCCCAGGACCUGCAGUACAAGCCCAAUGACAUCCACGUGCUCACAGCUGCCAAACAGGAGCGCUGCUCCAGUCCCUGUCAGCAAUUCAAUGGGGGCUGCAGCCAUGUCUGUGUUCCUGGCCCCUCUGGCCCCGAGUGUCAGUGCCCCCAGGGGAACUGGUACCUGGCCAACAAUGGCAAAGACUGUAUCCAGGACACAGGGCACCGCUGCCAGCCGGACCAAUUCACCUGCCUCAAUGGACACUGCAUCUCCCAGAGGUGGAAGUGCGAUGGUUUCAAGGACUGCCUGGACAACUCGGACGAACUGGAGAGAGUGUGCGCCUUCCACACCUGCUCACCCAUGGACUUCACCUGUGACAAUGGGCACUGUGUACCCCUGUCCUACCUGUGUGAUUACACCAACGACUGUGGAGACAACAGUGAUGAGCAUGGCUGCCCCUUCCCCACCUGCAACCCUGACACCGAGUUCACUUGCAACAAUGGCCGCUGCAUCAGCGCCGACUUUGUGUGUGACGGUCGUAAUGACUGUCGGGACAACGGAACCUCGGAUGAGACAAAUUGCCCGGACAGAACCUGCACCUCUGGCUUCAUUAAAUGUGACACUACCAACAUAUGCAUCUCGCCUGACCAGCGCUGUGACGGCUACAAUGACUGUGGGGACAACAGCGAUGAGAACCCGCUGUUCUGCGCGGGCAGGACUUGUGCAGCGGAUGAGUUCCGGUGUGACGUGGGGAAGUGCAUCCCGGACUCCUGGGUGUGCGAUUUCAUCAGCGACUGCAUGGACGGCUCCGACGAGCCCCCCUCCUGCCGGGACAUUGUUAGUACUUGCCACUCUGAGCAAUUCACCUGCGUCAAUGGCAACUGUGUCCCGGCUGUUCUGGUGUGUGAUGGCAACAAUGAUUGUGGAGAUAACAGUGACGAGGCACCAGAGCUGGAGUGUGGCCUGAGGACGUGCCGCCCAGGAGAGUUCGCCUGCCCGCCCCCCUGGUACCCGGGCACGCCACGCUGCAUCCCCCUGAGCUACGUGUGUGAUGGGGAGAAAGACUGUGCCGACGCGGCCGACGAGCUGCAGAACUGCCCCAACCGCACCUGCCACAUGAAUGAGUUCCCCUGCGCUAACGGCCUGUGCAUCCUCAUCCCCUUCCACUGUGACCGGGUGAACGACUGCGGGGACGGCAGCGACGAGGUCGGCUGUGCGUAUGACACCUGCCGCAGUGACCAGUUCACCUGCCAGAAUGGUGCCUGCAUCCACGGCUCCUUCGUGUGUGAUGGGGAAGCUGACUGUUUGGACCACUCGGACGAGCUGGACGGGCUGUGCCACACCCCCGAGCCUACCUGUGCGCCAGGGGAGUACCUUUGCAAGUCAGGCCAGUGCAUCGACAUCCACAAGGUGUGCAACCAGCAGAAGGACUGCCCCGACAACAGCGAUGAGAAGGGCUGUGGCAUCAAUGAGUGCAGGAAUCCGGCAGUGCACCAGUGUGCCCAAAACUGCACGGACACGCUGACGGGCUACUACUGCUCCUGCCGCGCGGGCUACCGGCUAAUGCCGGACGGCAAGGCCUGUGAGGACGUGGACGAGUGCCGGGAGACGCCGGGCGUGUGCAGCCAGCUGUGUGAGAACUCGGUGGGCUCCUUCUUCUGCAAGUGUGCCCCGGGCUAUGUGCGGGAGCCCGAUGGGCGCACCUGCCGGCAAAACAGCGGCAUCGCCCCCUACCUGCUCUACAGCAACCGGUACUACAUCCGCAAUCUGACGGCCGACGGAAGCUCGCUGUCGGUGGUGCUGCAGGGCCUGUCCAACGCAGUGGCGCUGGACUUCGACCAUUAUGAGCGGCGCCUCUACUGGAUAGAUACGGGCGUCGGGCACAUCGAGCGCAUGUUCUUUGAUGGCACGGGCCGUGAGGUGGUGGUGGACCAUGAUGUGCCCAAUGCGGAGGGGCUGGCCAUCGACUGGGUGGGCCGGAAGAUGUACUGGGUGGAUGCCUACCAUGAUGCUCUGCACGUAGCUGAACUUGAUGGGCGUUUCCGCAAGAAGCUCCUGAGUGGCUGUGUUUCACCCAAUCACACGUACUGCUUCAUCAACCCACGAGCCGUGGUAGUCAACCCCAAAUACGGGUGGCUGUACUGGACAGACUGGGGUGACAAAGCAUAUAUCGGCAGGGUGGGCAUGGAUGGUACCAACGCCACUGCUAUCAUAACCACCAAGCUGGAGUGGCCCAAUGCCCUGACCAUUGACUACACGACCAACAAGAUCUUCUUUGCUGACUCUCAUCUUAGCUUCCUGGAUUACGCCGACAUGGAUGGGAAGAACCGACACAGGGCCAUCGCAGGAUCCCUGCCACACCCCUUUGCUGUGACGCUGUUCGAGGACUGGGUGUUCUGGACAGACUGGAACACCCACACCGUGGAGCGGGCCCACAAGUUCACGGGCGAGGGCAGGGUCACCAUGGGCAACAACACCCACCGCCCUUACGACAUCCACGUGUACCACCCCUACAGGCAGCCCCGCAGUGAGAACCCGUGUAAGAAGAGCCCCUUCACUUGCAGCCACCUGUGUCUGAUCUCACCGGGCGGGGCAAGCUCCACCUGCGAGUGCCCUGACCACUUCAUUGGCAUUGCUGUUGGGUUCCGGAUACAGUGUGUGGCCGACUGCUCCAGCACGCAGUUCCGCUGUGGAGACAAUGAGAAGUGUAUCCCCAUCUGGUGGAAGUGUGAUGGUCAGUCAGACUGUGGCGACGGAUCAGACGAGCCCCUUACCUGCCCAACCCGCUACUGUCCUAUCGGGCAGUUCCAAUGUCGGGAUGGCAACUGCACCUUCCCUAACUUCCUCUGUGAUGCCCACCCUGACUGCCCCGAUGGCUCUGACGAGGACCCAGCACUCUGCAGUGACCACCGCUGCCAGGAGAACCAGUUCCAGUGCACCAACAAGCAGUGCAUCCCGGGCACUUGGCACUGCGAUGGCUUCUCUGACUGUGCGGAUGGCAGCGACGAGGCCCCCGAGGGCUGUGCCCAGAAGACCUGCCCACCUGGGCAAUUCCAAUGCCAAAAUGGGCGCUGCAUCCCCUCCAACUACGUGUGCGAUGCCCAGGAUGACUGCGGGGACAAGUCUGAUGAACCCUACAAUGAGUGCAUGGGCCCAGAUCAUAAGUGUGAUGAGCACACCGAGUUCUCCUGUAAGACAAACUACCGCUGCAUCCCUCAGUGGGCUGUGUGCGACGGGUCCAAUGACUGCCUGGACAACAGCGACGAGCAGGGCUGCGAGGCUGUGACCUGUGAUCCCACUGGAGACUUUCGCUGUGACAACCACCGCUGUGUACCUGUGCGUUGGCGCUGUGAUGGGAACAAUGACUGUGGAGAUGGCUCUGAUGAGAGGGACUGCCAACCAAGGCCCUGCUCCGAGAGUGAAUACCGCUGUGACAACCAGCAGUGCAUACCUGGCGCCUGGGUGUGUGACCAUGACAACGACUGUGGGGACAAUUCGGAUGAGCGUGACUGCGAGCUGCAGACCUGUCGUCCGGGGGCCUUCCAGUGUGCCUCCGGCCACUGCAUCCCUGCCUCCCUCAAAUGUGACGGACGACCUGAUUGCCUGGACCUCUCAGACGAGACCACGUGCCCAACUCGUUUCCCUGGGGGAAGAUGGUGCCCCCCCAGCCAGUUUGAGUGCAAGAACCACCUGUGUGUGAGUCAGAGCUGGGUGUGUGAUACCAUCGACGACUGUGGCGACCGCUCAGAUGAGGAGAUCAGCCUCUGCUGGAACAUCACCUGUGAGAUGCCCUCCCGGUUCCGCUGCAAGAAUGGAUACUGCAUCUACUCUGGGCUGCUGUGCAACCAGAAGGACGACUGUGGAGAUGGCAGCGAUGAGAAGGAGGACGUGUGUCGAGAGCCGACCCUGGCUCCCUGCACUCCCCACGAGUUCAAGUGCACCAAUGGACACUGUGUGGCCCUGCAGUAUGUCUGUGACCACAACGACAACUGUGGGGACCGCACAGAUGAGAUGGGCUGCAAUUUCGGACACGACCGGACUUGUGAAGAGAAACUCUGUCAACACAACUGCACCAACUUGAAUGGAACUGGCUUCAUCUGCUCCUGUCGACCAGGCUACAUGGUGGACCCAGACAGCACCUAUACCUGCAAUGACAUCAAUGAGUGUGAGAUAUAUGGCAGCUGCCCGCAAGCCUGCAAAAACACCAAAGGCGGGUAUGAGUGUGAGUGUGCCCCUGGAUACCGGAAAGUAGGUGAUGGCAGCCAGUGUGAGGCGAAAGGUGCUGGGCCUCUACUGCUCCUCCCAGAGAACGUGCGGAUCAGGAGGUUUAACCUGCAGACAGAGGAAUAUCAUGACUUCCUCCAGGAGCACGAGCACAUUGUGGCUCUGGACUAUGACUGGGACCACAACAACACUGGACUCAGCAUGGUGUACUUCACAGUGGAGGGAAAAAGCCCUGCGUCUGGGGCUAUCAAGAGGGCCUACCUACCUGCCGUGGAUGACCACAGCAACAACAUCGGCGCAGCCAUUGACCUUGGCAUUAAGUACAUCGUGAAGCCUGACGGAAUAGCAGUAGACUGGGUUGGCAGGAAUCUCUACUGGGCAGACUCAGUAGUGAAACGUCUGGAGGUGGCCAUGUUGGAUGGGCGGUACAGGAAGCACCUGGUCAAGACAGACAUCGGUCAGCCCUCUGCAGUGGCUGUCAACCCUCGUCUAGGGAUGCUGUACUGGACUGAUCGAGGUGAUGUGGCCAAGAUUGAGUGCUCCUGGAUGGAUGGGAGAGAGCGUAAGGUCCUCGUGGACAGCCGCUUGGGGUGGCCAACGGGCCUGUCCAUUGACUUCACCAACAAUGACCGGAUCUACUGGUCAGAUGCCAAGGAGAGUCGCAUAGAGUCAGUCCUGCCAACAGGGGAGGAUCGGCGCACUGCACUCUAUAUUGAUGUGAGGAUGCCGUUCAGUGUGAGUGUCUUUGAGGACCAUGUGUACUGGAGCACCCAGGAUAAAGGGGAGGUGUUCCGGCAGGAUAAGUUUGGGAAAGGGACAAAGACCAAGCUGCUGACCGCUGGCCCCUGGCUCACACAAAUCAACAUCUACCAGCAGCAGAAAUACAACUCCAUAGCAAUGAAGAACCCAUGCAAGGGCACCUGUAGUCACCUGUGCCUGCUGCGACCUGGGGGGUACACCUGCGCCUGUCCUGAGGGAACCGACUUCAUCCCAGGCAGCAGCACCGACUGCGACGCAGGUUUUGACCCCCCGCCCACCAUACCUCCACCAUGCAGGUGCCAGAAUGGUGGGACCUGUUACUUUGAUAACAACCAGGCCCUGUGCAAAUGUCCUCCGAACUGGAGUGGGGAGUUCUGCCAGAAGGAUGACUACGCAGCCUUCACAGCCUCAGUGGGGAUCGCCCUCGGAGUGUCUCUGCUGCUCCUGCUGCUCAUGGGAGGCCUGGUUUUUGCCGUGCAGAGGAAAACCAAAAUCAUGGAGGUCCUCAAUCACGUCCACAUCCCCAUUUUUAAGAAUGGGAAAUCUGAGACCUUUGGACAGCAGGACGUGUCGUUUUCUCCUGAAGAACAGGUGGAUGUCCACAGCCCAAGCCUUGAAACGCUGCGGCAGUCGGCGGCCGUGGAAGUGGAGGAGCCGGAGAAGAGCUUCGAGAACCCGGCGUACGCGGCAGAGCCCGGCAGCGGAGCGGCGCCUAGCGGCAUCGCCACUACCGUCCGCCCCAUCAGUGGGCCAGCCAAGGAGAGCUUUGAGAACCCAGCCUAUGCUGCCAAGCACAGUGUGGCUGCGCUUCCAAAUGGCACCUCUGUACCCGUCACUACUACCAUCACAUCAGACAAGGAGACCUUUGAUAAUCCUGCCCAUACUUCAGAGCCCUCUGAGGUAGCCGCAGCCAAUGGAAUCACUACGCCCAUGGCCAGUACUGUCAUGAUCAACAAGGGGCAGAAGCAGAAAGAUCUCUCCCUCUCUGAAGACUCUGCUGGAGUCUUCAUAAACCCAGCAUACGAGGGAUUGUUCGACACCAAAGAAAGUCAGCAUUCUUUUGUGUGCUGUGGGGAGCAGUGA